GUGAUGACCAGAGCACAUCAGAGGAACACAGCAACAGCAGCCAAUACACAAAAACCUAAGUAAAAACUAAAGAAUGGAUCCCAUCAGGUGCAGAGAGUCCGUUUGCAGAAGUCUGUUUGGCCCAGUGGACCGAGAGCAGCUGCGCCGGGAACUGACGCUGAAGAUGAGGGAGAUCACGGAGCAGGACAGCCGCCGCUGGAACUUUAACUUCCAGACGGAGACUCCGCUGCAGGGCAGGUUUCAGUGGGAGGAGAUUCCCGCCGAGUCCGCUGCUAAUGUCUACCAGGAGUGCGAGCAGCAGAGAAGGGAUGUUUGUUCUGCACAUACUGAGGAAGAGGAGAGGCUGAGCGCAGGGGCCGACCAGGAGAACUGCUCCAGGGUCUCCAACACACGGAAGUGUCCCGCAGAGGGGACGCCCGUCCGGAGGAAGAGGACGCUCUCAAAGUCUGCAGCCAAGCCCAGGAGCAAUGCACGAAUUACAGAUUUCUUCGCAAAAAGAAGGAGGACCACAGAAACCAAGAGCAUCCUCAAUCCUUUCCACACAAGUUCCAGUGAAGCUGCUCUGUGCAAAACUAUAAGAUGAUCAUGCUUCUGGAAUAAUGCACUCUUUUAUUUAUACCUAAUGGAUUGGAUCAAAGCCGAUUCACUGCACCAAAGGAUUUUAUGUUAUGUUAUUUUAUUACUUCGUUUUAUUUUAUUGUCAACUUGAGUGUUGGUUAAAUUAUAGCCUACCACUUUCUGUUAUUUAUUCUAUUUAUGAACUUUUUAUUUAACGUCUUUGCAUUUUUAUGUUUCAUUUCACAAUAUGUCUGUUCAAAGAUUUCUCAUUUGCAUUAUUAUAUGAGAAAGCACAUUUGUACGACUCACUGAUCCUUUGUUUCUGUACGUUUCAUUUAUUUCUCAAUCUUGUUGGUGGAUUUUUGUAUUAUGAUGUGCAAAAUGGAACAGCACUGUUUUGUCCUUGUCAUGUUUGCCUAGACUAACUGAGAAUGUAAAGCCUACAAAAAUUGCAAUGUUAAAUAAACGAUGUUUUAAUGACACUAUU